GGAGGGGGAAUUGGAAGCGCGUCAAAGACGCCCGGCUGCCGCUGUGCGGGGCUCGCGCCCUGCCGCCACCUGGUGCGCAUGCGCGUCAUCCGGGCAUUGCGGCGCUGGGGCGCGUUGGCCGCGCAGUGAGACGUGGCAGCCGGAGGAGAAGCGAGGCGCCAGGGAAGGGCGCUUCCGGGGAGGGCCAGUUGAGCGACAGGCCCAGGAACCGGAAGUCGGCGGCGGCGGCGGAGGAGGAGGGCUGGCCGUGGUAGGAACCGCGCUCGGGGUCUGAGGGGCCUUUGGCCGGAGCCACGGCGAGGCAGGCCGGCUGAGGUGAAGACUGCGUUGGGGAUGUGAACACAAUGAGUGUAAACCAGCAAGCUCACACUGGGCCACCUUACGGGCAGACUCAGCCUGGAUAUCCGGGAUAUCCCCAGCCUGCCUAUGGAGGGCAGCAGAUCCCGGGCCUGCCUCCUUCUCAGUACGGUGCUUACAACGGUCCAGUGACAGGAUACGAGCAGAUGGGCCCUCCUCAAGGUUACUUUCCUUCUCUGGGGUUUCCUUCUAAGGGCUCUCCUGUUUCUUUUGAUUCUGACACUUCUUUCACACCUGAUUUCAUAGGUUCUCUAAGAGCUCCUCCCUCCUCUGGAGCCCCAGUUCCUUCCGGACAACCUGCCUGCAGUCAAUUUGGGCAAGGAGAUGUGCGCAACGGGAUUCCUGCUCCAACAGUCCCGGCACAAAGACCUCCUGCUUCCCAGCAGUUCAUGCUUGGCACAGCAUCCGCCCCUGCUUCCCAGCCAGCUACUUUCCAGUAUGCGUCACCUCCGAGGAGCACACAGCAGCUGACCAACCUUAUGGCAGGGAUGCAAAUUGGCAGUGCUUCAACUUCAGCUCCUCCCCCAGCUGGCCUGGGCUACGGUCCUCCUGCAUCAGUCCCGCCUGCCUCAGGAAAGUUUUAGAAGUACUUAACUGUGUCACCCAGCCAAUAUGCAUCUUACACCAGCCAAGGGACUCCUUCCCCUACCUGCCCUGAUGGAUUACCUCCCUACCAGCUUGUCUCUCAGGGUCUUCCCAUUGCACAACCUGCCUGUUGCUUCUGGCCCUCCGGCCCGGCUGCUCACCUUCCCCCUCAAGCGCCAGGCUUACCACCAGUUUCUGCUGCGGCUGGAGUUUCCAAUUACCCACUCGUGUCUGGAGCUUCAAGGCCCCCGGCGAUGCAGGGCGCAUUACCGGGACAGGCAACUGCUGGGCUGAUGACUUCCCAGCCUAAUCACGCGACCUCCCCACCACCACCUAUGGCGGGGCCACCUCCCGGACCGCCCAGACUAGCUUUGCAAGGACCGCCUCCUCCUCCUCCUCCCCAACCAGGAUACCCACUGCAGCAAAACGGGUCCUUUGGGCAGAACAGGGGCUCAGUUAACCAUAAUGCAGCUUACUCACAAGGGCCAUCGCAUCGGGGUGUAAGUCAACCUGGUUCCCCCACUUCCACCCGAAACGCUCAGGAUCCAGACUCCAUUCCUAGCCCGCAUCUCAAUGAGCUGCCAUCUCAGCAGAAAACCAGGCACAGAAUAGACCCCGAUGCCAUUCCUAGCCCAAUCCAAGUAAUUGAAGAUGACAGGAAUAAUCGUGGAUCAGAGCCAUUCAUCACAGGAGUCCGUGGGCAAGUCCCACCCCUUGUCACUACCAAUUUCCUGGUCAAAGAUCAAGGUAACACAAGUCCUCGCUACAUAAGAUGUACAUCCUAUAAUAUUCCAUGUACCUCAGAUAUGGCCAAGCAAUCCCAGGUUCCUCUUGCUGCAGUCAUAAAACCUUUGGCUACUUUGCCUUCAGAAGAGGCCCCUCCUUUUUUGGUAGACCACGGAGAAUCGGGUCCUAUCCGCUGCAAUAGGUGCAAAGCCUACAUGUGCCCCUUUAUGCAGUUCAUUGAGGGUGGACGGAGGUUCCAGUGCGCUUUCUGCAGCUGUGUCACCGAGGUGCCAGCUCACUACUUCCAGCACCUGGAUCACACUGGCAGGCGAGUGGAUUACUAUGACCGGCCUGAGUUAUCACUGGGGUCGUAUGAGUUCUUGGCCACUGUUGACUAUUGCAAGAAUAACAAAUUUCCCAACCCUCCUGCCUUUAUUUUCAUGAUUGAUGUGUCGUACAAUGCAGUGAGGAGUGGUUUGGUAAGACUGGUAUGCGAAGAGUUGAAGACUCUCCUGGAUUACCUGCCCAGGGAAGGAAACAUGGAAGAAUCAGCCAUCCGGGUGGGCUUUGUCACUUACAACAAAGUUCUGCACUUCUACAAUGUGAAAAGCUCCCUAGCCCAGCCUCAGAUGAUGGUUGUGUCCGACGUAGCAGAUAUGUUUGUGCCUCUGCUUGAUGGCUUCUUGGUGAAUGUAAAUGAGUCUCGCACAGUUUUCACCAGCUUGCUGGACCAAAUCCCCGAAAUGUUUGCCGAUACAAGAGAAACCGAAACCGUGUUUGGUCCAGUGAUUCAGGCUGGCAUGGAGGCUCUAAAGGCAGCUGAGUGUUCAGGCAAGCUCUUCAUAUUUCACACAUCACUGCCAAUUGCAGAGGCGCCAGGGAAGCUAAAGAACAGAGAUGACAAGAAGCUGAUCAACACAGAUAAAGAAAAGACCCUGUUCCAGCCUCAGACCAGCUUCUAUGGCAACUUAGCCAAGGAAUGUGUGAGCCAAGGGUGCUGUGUGGAUCUGUUCCUUUUCCCAAACCAGUACUUGGAUGUGGCUACCUUGGGAGUCGUUCCUUAUCAGACUGGGGGCUCUGUUUAUAAAUACGCCUAUUUCCAGGUAGAAACAGACCAGGAACGCUUCUUGAAUGACCUUCGCAGAGAUGUGCAGAAAGAGGUGGGCUUUGACGCUGUGAUGAGAGUACGCACAAGCACCGGCAUCCGAGCCACAGACUUCUUUGGCGCCUUUUAUAUGAGCAACACCACAGAUGUGGAGCUUCCUGGGCUGGACUGUGACAAAACCAUCACAGUGGAGUUCAAGCACGAUGACAAGCUCAGCGAAGACAGCGGAGCUCUUCUCCAGUGUGCUAUGUUGUAUACUAGCUGUGCGGGACAGAGGCGACUCCGCAUUCACAACCUGUCCUUGAACUGCUGCAUGCAGCUGGCAGAUCUUUAUAGGAACUGUGAGACGGACACGCUUAUCAACUUCUUGGCCAAAUUUGCAUAUCGUGGACUUCUGAACAAUCCAGUCAAGACUGUGAGAGACACGCUGAUCAAUCAGUGUGCCCAGAUCCUGGCCUGCUACCGAAAAAACUGUGCUAGCCCCUCUUCUGCUGGACAGUUGAUUCUCCCUGAAUGCAUGAAGCUGCUCCCUGUAUAUCUGAACUGUGUCUUGAAAAGUGAUGUUCUACAGCCUGGGUCGGAGGUGACCACUGAUGACCGUGCCUACAUCCGCCAGCUGGUUACCACCAUGGAUGUGGCGGAGACAAACGUCUUCUUUUACCCCAGACUCUUGCCUCUGACCAAAGUAGACGUCAACAGCGACUCCUUGCCGACAGCAAUCAGAAACUCUGAAGAGCGCCUCUCCAAGGGUGACAUAUACCUGCUAGAAAACGGGUUAAAUAUUUUCCUGUGGGUAGGAGUGAACGUUCAGCAAGGGCUGAUCCAGAACCUCUUUGGAGUCUCGUCUUUCAGCCAGAUUGGCAGUUCUCUGUGCUCACUCCCAAUUCUGGAUAACCCCUUUUCAAAGAAAGUACGAUCCAUUAUUGAUAUGUUCCAGGCUCAAAGAUCACGUUACAUGAAGCUUAUGAUUGUGAAGCAGGAGGACAAACUAGAUUUGCUGUUCAAACACUUUUUGGUGGAAGACAAGAGCAUGAAUGGAGGGGCUUCAUACGUGGACUUCCUCUGCCACAUGCACAAGGAGAUUCGCCAGCUGCUGAGCUAGAGGAGGGCGUGACGACCCUGGAUUUCCGCACUGGUCGUCUGAGGAACGGGCCCAGUUCUUUUGAGAAGGACAAUAUAGAAACCUGUACAAUUCCAUAAUUUUUAAUACACUGUGCAUAAGCAGAGGUUCAGCAUAUCCCAAGCCCUGUGGAGAGAGUGAGACGUGGACAGGCAAAAUACCUUCUUGGGGUGGAGGGCAAGUUUUUGAAUGCCCAGUCUUAAACCCGCAUCUCUGUGCUUGGUGGGGGUCUACACUUCCUACCGUCCCAGUACUGGUAUUAACAGUUUACUUUGACAUGAUUCAGCAUCAGGUGAAGUGAUUGCUCUUCAAGACACAGCAGCUGCUACAUUUGUGUGUGAUAAUCUGUGAAAUGGAGUAAAGCGUCAGAUAGCAAAGGGUGUGGCUGGCAGGCUCUGUUCAUUCAAAGUGCAGGAGCCGAGUGAAGCGGCCCAGUGUCUCCUCCUAAGUGGAGGGAGCAACAUACGGUGUACAAACUACCUGAGUUGUGGUUGUCCAGAGAACACCGUCGCCCCUGCUGUAUGCCUGGAGUGAGAGAGCAGGUACACCUUUGCCUCCAUUGCGUGGUUGUGUAGAUCUGCCUCAGAAAAAGAAAGGUGUGAGGACAGGGUGCUGAUUCUGGGACUGGUGGAUCUGUCCUUGGGUUGGUGUGCACAGGUGUUACUGCCAUCUUUUUGAAGAAAACAGCAUCCAUCUUCUGGGGUUUGGUUGGAGCACCCAUUUCUAGAGGCUGCCCAGGGCCUCUCCCCUUCAUUCUACUUGGUAAGGCAACGGGGAUUCCAAACUGUUGAAAGCAGCGCAGGCUGAUGUUCGGGGACGAUGCAGGCGUGUUCCAUUUCAACCGCAGCAAUACUCUCAGAUAGGAAAAAUUAUAUCCACGAUACAAGGUUUGAAUUAGGCCAGGGUGGAUUCUGAGCCCUUAAUAGCUCUGAAGAGUUUGGCCCCGGGCAAAUUGGGCAGGUGGCACUGGAGCCAUUCUCACCUGUGGGGUUCUUACCGGCUCAGCAGCAAGUCCUCAAACAGUGAGUUUGGCUACUUGCAGUGGGGGGAUUUUGCUAGGGGUGGGCGAAACGGGGCUCUCCAGAGACAAGGGGUAAGUUUGAGAUUUUAGAAUUCUAAGGGCUCGUUAUUUUUCGAAAGGAAGCUGGUGUAAUUUUUACUUCCAAGUAAAUGCUGCGCUUGACAGUGUUCAUACAGUGCCACAGAUGGACUGAAGCAGCAGCAGCAUUGAAAUGCAAAGGAAGAGAAAGGCAGGGAGGGGGGCUUUGAGACAAAUGGCGGCACCGUGACUGGAGACAGACCACGCCCUUGACUCCUCGUGAGCAAGACCGAUGGCAUCAUCCAGGCGUGUGGCUUCUAGUCUCCAUGACUUCUAGCGUGUGUGCGUGUGCGUGUGUGUAAAUAUUAUUGUCCUUCUGCUGCCAGUUCGUCUUCCCUUUCAUUUCCCUCUCAUCACACAGACAAGGGAAAUAUCGAAGAACUGUAACUGGCCACAGGUCAUGGAGCUUUUCAGUGGCCUUGUACAGAUUUGCAAGCAUAGCUGAGAUUCCCCCUUUCCCCCCCUCUGAAAAAAACACAGACCGUCUCCAACCAAAAACUCAGAAAUCCCAUGAAAACUUGCUUCCCAAAACAAGGUUCCAUAACCCAGAUUUCUAUAAUACUAACUCCUAGACUUAAUAUAAGAGCAAGAUCACAAACUUUUCUUUCACUUUUUUUUCCUAUGCAUCUCCUGAUUUGUAAAGAAAUAAAAUUAUACGAAGAUGUAUUUUAUGUCAUUGUUAGUUAAAUAAAUACUGAUUAUUUUUUCCAAAACCUG